UACACGAGAGCUUGUCGGAGUCUCGGAGACGACAAGCAGAGGAAGGGCGGACGAAGCUGCUGCUGAUAUCGGGCUUGGAGUUGGAGUUGGACGGAGUCAGGGAGAGACGUCGUCGCCUUAAUUUGGUUAUUAUUUCUCUGGUGAGUUGAGUUGGAGGGGGAGGAGCAGGGCGCUGCUACUGGCAUGGCUGGACGUGCGGCGGCGGCGGCGGCGGCGGCGAGGGAGAAGUCCAGCUUCGCCGUCACAUGCAGCCUCCUCAGCCAGUAUCUCAAGGACAAGAAGGGCGGGUUGGACGGCCUUGGCUUCGGCAUGGCGCCGCCGGCUGCAGCUGGUGUUUUCCGGCCGCCGACCACCAUGAACUUGCUGUCAGCGCUCGACGCGCCGGCCGAGGAGCCAAACGAAGAAGCAAAGACCACGGUCGAGCCGCCCCCUUCUGUUGAGGAAGCUAGCACGGAGCCGCCUGUACUCGUGGCCCCGACCGAUCAACAGAACGGCGAAAAUCCAAGGAAGGCAGCUGGAGAGGAGGCGCAACAACUGACCAUCUUCUACGGUGGGAAAAUGGUCGUCUUUGACAACUUCCCGUCCACCAAGGUCAAAGACCUGCUGCAAAUGUUGAACACUGGCGACGGCGUGGACAAGGCCGGCGGCAGUGCAGCGCCACAGAACCUGCCUAGGCCUUCACAGAGCAGUCUUUCUGACCUGCCUGUAGCGAGGAGGAACUCGCUCCACAGGUUUCUUGAGAAGAGAAAGGGCAGGAUGAUCGCAAAGGCUCCAUACCAAGUUAACAGCUCUGUUGAGGCGUCCAAGCAGGCGACUGGUGAGAAAUCUUGGCUCGGAUUAGGCCAGGAAGUGAAAAUUAAGCAGGAGAUAUGAUCGAGCUGGGCUGGAAAUAAAGAUGGCAAUCUGCAGACAUUCAUCGAUGAUACUCGAAUACUCGACUACUCGUAGCUUCAGCUUAAGAAAAUAAUAAUUUACUAUCGUUUACUCAGUUCUACUAGUAAGAAGUUAGGAAUUACUUAGCUGGCGGUCGAUUCUACUUGGCCAUUAGCAUACAUACAUACAGCCGUUCGUUCGCAAGAUUGUUUGCUGCUGGAGCUAUAAGCUCACAGCAGUUUCGCUGUUUAGGUCUGUGACCGCGUUAUGUUGCAACGGAUGGCUGCCUUCCUCUCGACAUGUUGCGGAACGUUGUGUAGUGCAAGCUCCUUCCAUAUAUUUCAUUGUUUUCUCCUAUUUAUAUGUUUACGCUGGCUCCUCCAUGCUUGAGGAUUUGUAUGUGUAGGCAUUUGGUCCGUUUAAUUCAAUGAACAUAUAUGCAUGUAAUAUGUUGUGAUAUUUUUUCC